AAAACUAAUUUUUAGUCCCAAGAUUUGGUGUGAAUCCAGGGAUAUGGCUAAUGGCAAGUUUCAUUUACCAUUCCACCAUUAAAAUGCAAAAUGCUUCGUUUACCUUUUAUAAGGCGCUUAAAAUGGAACGAAUAUGUCUCCCUCUUUUUAGGAAUUCUAUUCGUUACGUUUGAGAAAUUACUCUCGGGUGUUGUGUUUGCAAUUCACAUUAUACUUAGGCCCAUAUGGACAAAUUAUAUAAAAAGAAUGACAAAAAGAUAUCCAGAAAAGCAUCAAAGUCCCUUCGUCGAACGAGCUCGGGCUAUUCACGAUGCCGACGAUAUUCGUCAGAUGUGCAACAUCUCUGGAUACAAUGUUGAGGAACACCUUGUAAGGACUCAGGAUGAUUACAUUCUUUGUAUUCAUAGAAUUUCAAAGGAUAAACCAGGAAAAAUUGGCAUGCCAAUUCCUAAAAAGUUACCUGUUGUAUACUGUCAUCAUGGACUAUUAAUGAAUUCUGAGGUGUGGGUUUGUAACAUUGAUCAGAGGAAUUGCUUAGUAUAUCAACUUGUUGACCAAGGAUAUGAUGUUUGGCUUGGAAACAACAGAGGAAAUAAGUACAGUCGCCAACAUCUUCGGUUCGAUUCUACAGACGUGGACUUUUGGAACUUUAGCAUUGAUGAUUUCGCUCAUUACGAUAUUCCCGAUACUAUUGAUUAUAUAUUGAAAACUUCUGAACAAAAACAACUAACAUAUAUUGGAUUUUCUCAAGGAACUGCACAAGCAUUUGCCGCACUUAGUGUUCAGCCUCUUCUAAAUGAAAAAGUAAAUUCUUUUAUAGCAUUGGCCCCAGCCAUGAGUCCGAAAGGGUUGCACAAUCGGAUUGUAGAUGCCUUCGUAAAGGCACGUCCCUCUAUUUUAUUUUUCCUCUUUGGUCGAAAGUCGAUACUGCCGUCUGCUGGCUUUUGGCAAAGUAUAUUACCGAAUGUGCUUUUUAAUCGUAUCUUGUCUUUCUGUCUUGCACAAUUGUUUAACUGGAGCUGUGAAUCCAUGUCCCCGUUGCAACGACAUGCAUCAUUUGCGCAUUUGUAUUCGUAUACAAGCGUAAAAUGUCUUGUUCAUUGGUUCCAAAUUAUGCGCAGUGCAGAAUUUCGAAUGUACGACAAUGAUCAAAUUGUCCAUGAUUACUUUUCCAAACAUUAUAGAGCUGCACGAUUUCCGACCAAGAAUAUCCGUACUCCAAUUCUGUUGUUUUGGGGCGAUUCGGAUUCUUUGGUAGAUAUUCAACCCAUGUUGAAUUCUCUACCUCCUAUGGCUGAGCAAAUUAGGAUUCCUGGAUAUGAGCAUUUGGACAUGAUAUGGGCAGAUACGACUCAUAAAUAUGUGAUUCCUUCAGUUCUGGAGCGUCUUAGUAUCAUCUACGCUGGAACACAGUCUAAAGAAAAUGCUGAUGAAAAGGCUGUUAAUCUUCAUAAACCAAGAAAACAAAAAGCACACGAAGAAGACCUAGAUUUUCAAGAAGAGGAAGCUGAAGAAGAAAGAAAGGUGGAAAGGCUCUCAAUACGUAAUAAGAAAAGCAAAAGAAAAUGGGGAUCGAAUUUGGAUGACGAGGAUACGAAGAAACUUUAUCAAUCUAACGUGAAUUCCAAUAUAUGAAAGAUGUAUCAGAAAUAUAGUUACCCUGUGUUAUUGCUCGUCCACCUAUAUCUAAUGUUCUUGCUGGUUUAUUUGUAUAUAAUAUUUUAAUGCUAAUGAAUAAAUACAUGUCUUUAUUUCGAUCA